UUGGCUUGUACAGAAUGGUACAGAACACAGAGUGUUAAAACAAUUCAUGAAUUCGGAAACUCUGAUUUUUUAACCCUUAGCAGUUAUUUUCUUAGAAUGGACCAGCUAUCUGUUGACGGUGCUUCUUCCAUGACGGAGAAGAAGAAGAAAAACUAUGAAAACCUCUGUCCAGCAGUUGCAAUGUAUGGACCCUGUAAUGUGGAAGACUUAGAACCUGGAAAAACCAUGAAGUGGUGUACAUGCGGACUGAGCAAGAAGCAGCCGUGGUGCGAUGGAGCUCACAAGAAAACUGGUUUCAAGUCCCUUAAAUGGAAGGUUCCAGAUCAUCCCCAAAGAAUCUAUUCUAUUUGUAACUGUAAACACACCAAGAAUCCACCGCUCUGUGAUGCCACUCAUGUAAACCUCCCAGCUGUGGUAGAGACAAGGCAAAAGAACUGUGACAGUGCUCAUGAUGAAGACAUGAAGUUAUGUACUGGCUGUGGAUGGGUACCAAAGUGGUGAAAUAAAUAUUAUACCAUAUAUAUAUCUCAAGAAUAAAUGCAUUUAUAUUUCUGGAUUUAACACUUGUCAAAUGGAUUUGUAGUAUUUUCAUCCAUAAUUAAUUAGAAGGAAAGGAGUUAUAUAGUUCUCUUUAAAUCUUUGUUGAACAUAUUUUAGAUAGAACUUAUACAAGUAAAUAAUUGACUGGAACAAAAGUGCACAAAAAUUGAAUUUUUAUCUGAGAAUGAUAUGUCUUGUCAGAAUAUAAUAUUAUUUUUGCCUCUUUUUGUCCUGGGAAUUUAUUUGGACAAUUAUUCUAUCAUUAUAUUACAAAUCCAACAGUAUGAAACAAGGUAGAAAAAUUAUGGCAAAUUUCAUGUGGGAUUAUGAGAAAUGCAUAACAUGAGAGUCUUCUUGAAGAAUAAAAUAUUUUGUAAAAUAUUUUACAUAUUGAAAAAUUAUAUAUUUUAUAUAUUGGACAAAUUAAUUAUCUGAGAAAUAUUUGCAGGAGAGCAGAAUCUCCAAUCAGAAUCUCCUAUAUACAGAACUAUUAUUUGUUGUAUGUAAUUACAAAUAAAACAAAAUAAUUUUUAAAAUAAAAUUAAGAGGAGGAAACUCAUCUGAGUGAGGAUUUUCAGCAAUUAAUGGUUUAGGGGUGUGGAAAACAAAUGAGAGGGUUAUUCUGAAAGCUUUUUUGAUUAAGAUCUAUGAACCAGGAUGGGUUCAUGGAGACAUCUCUUCCAGCAAAGUUGUAUCUUUACAUCCAGGUGGGAUAGUCUUCAAAGGGACUUAAGCCAGUAGUAAUGACUGUCACUAAUGCUAAGGCCACCUCAUGUUGAGGACUAUUUUCACUUGGGCAGUCACACCUUGUGGUAAACUAUUACCCUCCUGCCCAAACAUUUUCUGUUCAAAAGUUUGAAGUGAAUAAC